AUGACACGAGAAAUUUUACAGGUCUACCAAGCAGACAUAUUUUAUCAUCAGUUUUGGAAGGAUCAUCGACUGAACUCCACCGCUACCAACAACUACCCUGACAACAAAGUUAUUCUUGACAACAGAUGGCGAAGCGACCUCUGGACGCCAGACACAUAUUUCAAGAACUCCAUAGAAGGAAACGUUCACACUAUUAUUAAUCCUUAUUCUUACAUGGUACUUUAUAACAAUAGCGAAAUUUUCUUUGCUGCGAGAAUGUCUCUCAGUUUGAGCUGCGAGAUGAACUUGGGAUCUUACCCUCACGAUGUGCAAGAAUGUGGUAUCGAAGUCAUGAGCCUCCAGUAUACAACUGACAGUGUGAUUCUGUUGUGGAAAGAGUUUCAAAUAACUAACAACUUGCUGCAUCCGCAGUUCGACUUCAAGGGCCAUAAAUUCACCAACUGUACCAAGAAAUACAGCAUAGGAACUUUCUCUUGUUUGGCUGGACACUUCAGACUUUCUAGACGUUUUGGAUACUUUCUAAUCAACAAGUUCAUUCCCAGCAUUCUUAUCGUAAGCACGUCUUUCCUAACCUUCUGGAUUCCAGCUGAUGCGUAUCCCGCAAGAGUGACUCUGAGUGUGACGUCACUUCUGGCUCUCGUGACACAGCAAUAUCAAAGCAAGAUGCCUUCUGUCUCCUACGUGAUUGCUUUGAAUAUCUGGAUGAUGUCUUGCAUUGGCUUCGUAUUUACUACUCUACUAGAAUAUGCUCUAGUCAUUGCUUUUAUGGAACACAAGGUUUCACCUUUAAGACUUAAUGUGGACAAAGUAAAGGAUGCAAAUCACUACUCUAACACGAAAUGGUUAGUGAGAGGUGUAAUUAACGGAAGUAUCACAGAACCACCUAAUGACAUUUUAACGAGAAAAUUCAAAGAAGCCAUCAUAAGAUUGACCGUCUUUCUAGAGUUUUAUUUCCUCUCGGCUUCUUGAUAUUUUGUGUCAGUUACUGUUUGAUAUAUA